AUGGCGUUCGAUCAGCCUUGUAAUCCACUCCACUUCUCUCUCGCUCAUGUGUCGUGGUUUCUUUGCCUUGACGGCGCUGCUCUCCUUGUCUGCCUGGCGUUCGAGCUGUUCAACAAUCGCACUUGCGGGGGUCUUCUUCUGCGACCCAGCAUCCUCCAUGUCGUCGUCGGACAAAUCGUUCAAAGGAUCGUUAAGCGGGUUCGACUUGCGGACCUUACGUCCGGCGACUACAAUCAUUUCGUGUUCAUCGGGCUGGAUUACGCGGAUAAUCUUUCCGGUCUCGGGAUCGCGCUCGACCUUGGUUUCUCCCAGCGUAAUGUUCUUCGUGGCGGCCUGGGCGCUGCUCUUGAUGUGAAGAGAGUCCUCCGGGACGGUCUCGAUGCCAUUUUUCGUCACGCGCUUUUCAGAACCACCGGUGGGGGCAUUCAAACGAUGGGAGAGACCCAGACGGCGGUAGUUUUGUGUCAGAGUCAGGUUGCGGUCCCUACAGAUACCUACAUCAGCAUUGCGCAUGUUGUUUCCGGUACUUGGGAAAAUUUACCAAUUCUCGGCGAUGAUCGCAUUUCCUAG